AUGGGCCAAUGCUGGCUGAUUGUGCUGCUCUACUUGCCGAGAGAAACGAAUGUUGAUCUUCUGGAAUUCCUGGAAGGCGCCCACGCUGCCACAGAAGCGAAUCUUCGAGCAAUGAACAGCCAGUACACGACUCCUGCGUAUUAUAACCGGAUGGCUCUGCAGGUCAAGAAAAAUUACUUGCACCGCAACUUUUACAUCGAUUGCGAGGCCAUGAGAGUUGAGAAGGCGCAGCUUGCGCGCGUCGUUUAUCGCCGUCUGACGGAGAAGGAAUACGAUGAUUUGCAUUUAGCACUUCACGUAGACGUCGCUACAGUGGAGGACUUGAACGUCGUGUAUACGAACGGUAAGACGCGCAGCGUGCAGCACCAAAAUGUUUAUCGUGUGGUAUUUGAAUCGCGAGUGACUGGUCCGCAAGAAGUGGAUUGGCGUAUUGAAAGUAUGCACAUUAUUGAGCAGAAAGCUAUACCACGCGCUGAUAAGAAUGCUGCGGACGAGGAGAAGAACAAAUAG